AUGUCUGCACAUGCGUCGACGUCGGCUGAGCGUCCGCUCGCUCCCGCCUUGCCCGCUGGGAACGGUAGUCAGGCCGGCGGGAUGGUGGAGAAGCAGCCGAAGAAGCGCGGGAGGAAGAGGAUCUCUGAGGACUUGACGAACAUCAAGGCGAACGACUCGCUCGAUGCGGAUGCCAAGCGCAAGCUGCAGAACCGUGCGGCGCAACGAGCGUUCCGCGAGCGCAAGGAGAAGCAUCUGGCGGACAUGGAGGCGCGGGUCAAGGUGCAGGACGUCGAGCUGGAGGAACUGCGGCAGGCGAUUCGGAGCCUCGUCGCCGAGAACGAAGCGCUGAGGCGCGGCGAAGAUCCACCUCGAACUGUCCUCCCCGCCGCUGCUACACGCCAAGAUCCCACACCGAAAGGCGACUUCUUCCCUUCCCCCGGUUCUACCUCAUCCGCCCCUCUGCACGCCGACCGCAGCGCCUCGCCAAUCGAAACGAAACCCAUCAUCGCGCGUUCGCCUCGCAUCGAUUCCAGCCUCCCUCACUCCGUCCCCUCCCUUCCGCAAGACUCGCACUUCGCGCCGGGACCUGCGUCGUUCCUCCCUCCACCCUACAGCGGUCCCCCUGCCGUCUCGGCAACUCAGCUUCCGCCGCCUGUAGCCUCAGUCCAGCCCGUCCCGAGCGCCUUCCAGCCGUUCGCGUCCGGCGACAUCGACUUGAACAGGCUCGACGAGCUCAACUUCGACUUUGACGCCCCCUUCGACUUCUCCGAGUCGCUCCCUCUUCCGCCCCUCUUCGCUUCUCUCCUCGACGGCUUCGAUUUGCCAGGCGCUGCAACUACCGACAGCGGCAGCAACGCGACGAAGACCACAUCCGUACCCUCCUCAGCUACGUCAGAGAUGGAUGACACCUGCCCAGGUGAAGACGACGACCCUCCGCCACUCCCGAACGGCCGCAUCCCCUGCAACAAGCCAGAAUGUGACUUCACGUCCGUCUCCUGCGUCUUGCCCAUCCCCUGGCGCCCGCCUACCAUCGCCGGCGACGACAAGAACCUCUGGGUCGCGCAAAAGUGCUGGGCCAAGCUAUGCAGCCACCCGCUUUUCUCGCAGUGCAAUACGGACGAGCUCUGCCAAGAGCUGCGCGACAAGACCCGCUGUUCGCCCGACGGCCGCCUCGUGUGCCACAAGGGCGACGUUUGCGACAUCUUCCGCUCGAUCCCGCAGAAGGCGAGGAUCAGGCAGCAGCAGCUGUCGAUGCAGUAG